GCUUUGCCAGGCCAGCCUCGACGUGGCGCGCAGAGCGUGAUGCAAGGCUUCAACAAAUACUAUCCACCCGACUAUGAUCCCUCAAAGUCAGCGUCACUCAAUGCUUAUCACGGCAAGCACGCUCUGGGCGAUCGUGCUCGCAAACUUGAUCAAGGUGUCCUCAUCACCCGCUUUGAGCUACCCUUCAAUGUCUGGUGUGGUGGAUGCGACGCUCAUAUAGGCAUGGGCGUGCGAUACAACGCCGAGAAGAAGCGCGUCGGAAACUAUUACACCACCUCGAUCUAUUCGUUCAGGUGCAAAUGCCAUCUAUGCGGCCAUUAUUUCGAGAUCCAGACGGACCCUAAGAAUGCCCGCUACGUCGUCACCCUCGGCGCUCGCCAGAAACACGAAGAGUGGGAUCCCGAAGAGAAUGGCACGAUUGUCUUCAAAGAGCCCUCACAAGCGCCCGCAGAUCCAUUCGCCGCCAUCGAGCAGAAGACUACAGAUCGAACACGCGCAGAGACGGCAGCGACGCGGCUUGAAGCCCUCGAAGAAAGCAGGGCAGAACAAUGGGCGGAUCCUUACUCGCAAUCACAGCGAUUGCGUGACUCUUUCCGGACAGAGAAGCGUGGGAGGCAGAUUCAAGAUGCCCGCGACGGUCUCGUCAGAGAUCGUUUCGGUCUCUCUGACAAGCUCCUUCUAGGAGCCUCUACGAAAGACGAGGAAGAGCAGGAUCGCAAUGCAUGGCAACGUGCAAAGGCACAGUCGGCAGCCGCUGCCCAAGUUAGUAGACGGCAUCAGGAGGAUGUGUUGCUCGGUCGAGAGCUCAUGACAUCUCCCCGCAAAAAGCGGUCGGCCGAUCCACAACCGUCCGCUGCCAGACAGCUCCAGAGGCAGCUUUCGCGCACCCGCAGGAAACACAGUGACCCCUUUCGCGCCGCCUUGCCUGACAAAUUUCUGUGAGCUUUGCCUGAUCGCGUCCUUGUUGUUGGAGCAGAAGCUGAGAUGAUGUUGUACCAAUAAUGUGAACAACAAUGACCUUCUAAGCAUU